UUCGUCCCCCAAUUGUCAAGCCUAGCCAAGUUCAAGCUCCAGCAAGCUGCCACUGCGCAUCCUUCCACGCCACGUGCUUCCCUAUCCGCGUCACCUCCGUGGUCCGUGGACUUCCUUCCUCCACCUCCUGCUCUCAAACUCACGAAACCUCCAUUCAAUCCCCAAGUCAAAAGCUUCGGCCAUGGCUUCUCCCAAUCUCCUACUGAUCACUCUCUUCCUCCUCCUCUGCCCCGCUUUCACUCCGCCUUCCACUUCGGCUUCCGCUUCCUCCGAUCGAGUCGCGCUCGACCUCUACUACGAGAGCCUUUGCCCCUACAGCGCCAACUUCAUCGUCAAUCACCUGUUCAAUAUCUUCCGGAACGGCAUUAUUUCCAUCGUCCGUCUCCACCUCGUCCCUUGGGGCAACGCCAGGAUCCGCGGCAACGACACCUUCGUUUGCCAGCACGGCGCGUUAGAAUGCUUGCUGAACACCGUCGAGGCCUGUGCAAUUGAAACCUGGCCUGAUCUGAACAAGCACUUCUCGGUCAUAUUUUGCAUCGAAGAUCUGGUCUAUAGGCGCAUGUCUUCCCAGUGGGAAGAUUGUUUUGACAAAUUGGGUUUGGACUUAUCUCCAGUUGCUGAAUGCUGCAAUAGUGGGCUUGGGAAAGAGCUUGAACUACAGUAUGCCGCAGAGACAAAUGCCCUUCAGCCUCCCCACGAAUAUGUACCUUGGGUGGUUGUUGAUGGGCAACCCCUUUAUGAGGACUAUGAAAACUUUAUGAGCUACAUCUGUAAAGCUUAUAAAGGCACGGAUGUGCCUAAAGCUUGCAGUGAAGUUACCCUCACUAUCGGUAGGGCUGGCCCUUCUCUUCCUGCGGUCUGCUAUAGAGAAGAAGAAGUAGUAGUAGUAGAAUCAAAGUCAAUCCUGUCAAGGAUAAAAUAAGAUAUAAUGUCAUGAUUGGACGAAGUUGAUAUUGCAACUUCAUGGUAAACAAAUGCCUUUCAUGUAGUACUAAAUAAACAAUGUGGUGUCCUGUCUCCCCUGCUGUUUAAUAAAUGUUUUGUAGUUGGUUUCUUAAUGUUUAGUGUCCUAGUUAAGCAGAGUCUCUAAAACUUGUGGAUGCUACUUUUGGUCACAGUAUACAUGGUGGUGCUAGGAGGAGUUGAUCAAAAUGUUUUUUUAUUAUGUAGGCCUUAGAAUUGUACAUUUGUACAGCUAGCAUUACCAGUAACUCAUGCAUUAUUAAGUUAACAUGUGAGCUGCUGUUGAAUUUGGGUAAAGGCAGUACCUGCAUGGCAAAUGAGUCAAGGAAGCAAACGUUUGCAAACUUUAAAAGCAUUGAAGAUUUGGCGCCUAAUGCGGCAACGAUUGAUUUGUAUGCUUAUGUUUGGAGGAAAGUUUUUUUUUACCAAAGAGAUGAUGUAAUUUAUGUACACUUAUUUCUGUAUAGGAACAUUUAUUUUA